AGUCUAACUGAUAUAGUAAGCAACAUACCUUCAAGUAAAGAGGGAGCUAUAAUGGCAGCAGUGCCUUUAGAAGAGGAAUUUUGGAGGUUUCAAGAAAUUUCAUUGAGUAAGCUACGCAAAACUGUUUUUCAAUUAAAGAAAAAAUCUACGGGUGAUGAAGCACUUACAUGCAGUUUGGUGAACCAAUUGUUUGAUGUAAAUUGGCUACCCCCUACGCCUUCGUUGUUGAAGAGGAGUAUUAUAGUCCCAGUACCCAAAACAAACAAUCCACGUAAGCCAGAAGACUUGCGACCCAUCAGUCUUAUGCCAGUCGUCGACAAAGUUAUAGAAAUAACAGUGCAUGAACAGCUGAGUGAGCAUCUACGUGUGAACGAUGUUCCUUUUGAGAGGCAAUCCGGGUUCAGAAGAAAUCAUUAUUGUGAAACUGCACGCCAAUUUGUAUGUACAAAGUGGAAAAAAGAUGUAGAUGAUGGUAAAGUGAUUGUGUGUGUGUGUCAGAUGAUCUAA